AUGGCCAAAUCUUCAGAUCCUCCGGUUGUUCUCGUUCACCGGCCGACGUCUAUGGAUUUCAUGGACGAGAUUCUCAGUCGUAACUUCCGGAUUGUCAACACUCACACCUCAUCGGAACCAAUCCCGAUCUCCAUCUCCACUCAAGCCACCUCAGCCAGAGCAUUCCUCAACAUCGGCAUGCUUAAGGUCACCGACGAACUCCUCUCUCACCUUCCUUCUCUCCAGAUAAUCGUUCUCACCAGCGUCGGCGUCGAUCACAUCGAUCUCUCCGCCUGCAAGCGCCGCGGCGUCGCUGUCACGAACGCAGGCACCGCGUUCUCUGAGGACGCGGCGGAUUGCGCCGUCGGUCUGCUUAUUAGCGUUCUCCGUCGGAUUUCGGCCGCUGAUCGUUACGUCCGGUCCGGUAAUUGGGGGAAAUCCGGCGAUUUUCAGCUAGGGUCCAAGGUUAGCGGAAAGCGAGUUGGGAUAGUUGGAUUGGGAAGCAUCGGAUUUCACGUCGCCAAAAGACUCGAACCCUUUGGCUGCAUUAUCUCUUACAAUUCAAGAAGUCAGAAACCUGACGUUCCAUACCCGUACUACCCUGACAUUCUCUCCUUAGCAGCCGAGAACGAUGUCCUCAUCCUGUGCUGCUCUCUGACAGAUCAAACGUACCACAUUGUGAACCGAGAAGUGAUGGAUUGGCUUGGGAAGGACGGGGUUAUAAUCAAUGUGGGACGAGGAAAACUGAUUGAUGAGAAGGAGAUGGUCAAGUGUCUGGUCCAAGGAGUGAUCAGUGGUGCCGGUUUAGAUGUGUUUGAAAACGAACCGGUAGUUCCAGAGGAGUUGUUUGGUUUGGACAAUGUUGUCUUGUCUCCACAUGCUGCUGUGGCCACGCCAGGGUCUUUGAACAAUGUUGCAGAGGUUGCUUUGGCAAACUUGAAGGCGUUUUUCUCGAACCGGCCUUUGAUUUCCCCUGUUCAAUUGGAUUGA